AUGUCAUCGAUACAUUACAAAUUCAAAGCAACGCUUGAAUACAAAACACUGGUAUUUGAUGGCUUACAUAUAUCCGUCAUUGAUCUCAAGAAGGAAAUAUGUGAAAAGGAAAAUAUUAAGGCAGAAUCCUUUGACUUAGUGUUGACAAACGCCCAUACAAAGCGUCAAUAUACGGGUGACGAGUUAAUUCCUCGAAAUUCAUCGGUAAUCGUUCAGCGAAUACCACGUGAUAAUGCUGCGAAACUGCCAAAAGUGCAAGACACUACAAAUUCAGGAAUCGUGACCAAGUCCAUACCAGCUGAAGCUCCCGUUGUUGGGCAUAUUGAUUCAGAGGAAUUCGACAAAAUGACGGAAGAAGAGCGUUUGGCACACGUAAAAGAAGUUUCUACGUACAAAUAUUUACCUUCAAAUUUUCAAAAGAAAACGUCAUCGAUAAUGUCUGGUCCGCCGCCACCAACUUACGUAUGCAAUCGAUGUUCACAAUCAGGACACUGGUACAAAAAUUGUCCAAUGUUGAAUACACGCCGCACAACGGGUAUAACUAUGGAUGAAUUGAUGGAAACAACAUCAGACGAUCCGCUGGCAAUGUUACAUCCAUCGGGGAAGUAUGUUGUGCCAAUUAUGCACUGGAAAGCACGCCAGAAAAAGCCCGAAGUUGCUAAACCGGAACCCGAAAUACGAGAAAUACCACCGGAACUAAAAUGUCCCAUAUGUUUACAACUUUUGCGUGAUGCUGUCUUAACAACUUGCUGCGGUGAUAGCUUUUGUGCUGAUUGCUUACAGCAACGUUUACUUGAAACUCCGAACGCAAAAUGUCCUGGAACAAACUGCUUUCAAACUGCUGUGUCUGCUGACAAAUUGGUUCCAAAUUUAAAGAUGCGACAAGCUGUUGAAGCUUUCAAACAUGGCGCUGUCCAUAGCACAGCAUUUGAGAGCACAAAUAAUUCGCCGCGUACUGACGAACAACCAGUUCAGUCGGUUUCACGUGUGCGUAUUGGCUUGAGCGGUCGUCCGCAGCAAGUUCAACCUGCACUUAUAAUUCAGCAGCAGCAGCAAAAACAACAACAACAACAACAACAACAGCAGCAAGAAGCAGUGGUUACCUCACCACAAUCACAGAUCCAAACUUCAUCACCAACAUACGUCAUUCAACCCAGUACAAAUAUCGCGAUCCCAGCUUCCCUGCAAUCUCAGAUGGCCGUAAAACAAUUUCCUGGGAAUACCAUGCUGCCAUCACCAGGAAUAGCAUCUGCACAAAAUCAGCCAAAAGUUAUUGCGCCUACUGUUAUAGUCCCAAAUGUACAGCAGUUAACUGUCGCUCCACCACCUCUUUCGUUACCGGUAAAUGUUCAUCAACCACCUCCAGGUUAUCCAACUAUAUUUCCACCAGGUCAGCCAGCACAUGUUGCUACUACUUCAUCAACAGAAUCUCUCCCAUCAGGAACACAUACUGUCAGAAAUAUAACUGCCGCGCAUUUAACUGCACCUCCAUUAUUGCUUCCACCAAGCGUACAACCACCACCACCAGGAUUGUCAGCAGUUAUUUAUCCACGUAUUCCAGCUCCACCACCUAUCAAAGAUGCUUGGGAUGAAUAUCUGGAACGGAAAGAUAAAGAAAGCCGCCAGAGAGCGGCUGCUCCAACUUCACGUCGACGCCGUCGCUCUACGCGUAGUACCUCAUAUUCAAGUAGUAGCACAUCUUCCGAAUCAUCAAGUGAAUCAUCACGGUCUCGGUCGAGAUCGUCCUCUCGGGAUCGAAAUAGAUCACAUCGCGAUAAAAGACGUAACGAUGGUCGCGAAAAGCAUUCUUCAAGAAGAAGAGACUCACGGUCACCUUUUCGCAGUUCAUAUGCGAGUACACGUUACCAUCGUGAUAAUCUAGCGUCAUCUUUUAAUCUUUAUCAGCAUACAUCAAGUGCUGCUGCCAUUGGUUUACCAGGAGCAUCUCUUAUUCAUCAUCGUAUUCCAUCUCUUUUAAAUAAUUACUGCUCAUCACAGUAUACAUCAAAUCAAACAAGCCAGACAACGAGUUAUAAUUCCUUUAGUAAUGGUGCAGUUCCGAGUUAUCGAUCAUCGAGAAUAUAUCUGGAUGAACGGAAUAGAAGACAUUCACCGAGAUCAUUACAAAAUUGGCGAAGGAAUGAGAGUAAAGAACGACAAAACGACCGGAAAGAAAGAACCGAGGAACGAAGACGUGGAAGAGAUGGUGAUGAAAGGACACGUCGAGAAGAUCGUGAGCGGAAACCAAAGGAAGACAGUGACAGAGAAGAAAGACGACAAAAGAAAGAUAAAUACAAGCGACGUCAGGAAAAAGAGUCGAAAGAGGUAGAAAAUGCAACGGAGGGAGGACAGGGAAGUACAUUAAAAAUAGAAGAGAAAGAUGCAGGUGCCGUUGAUUUAAUAAAAAUAGAUGUGGAUGGAGAAGCUAAAAAUGAAACUACUCCACAGAUCGAAAAUAGAGGAGCUGAAAAUAAUGUCGGAGAUAUUGAAAAUAACGUGGAAAAGGAAAACGAUACAGUGGAUGAAGCUUUGCCGGAUGAAACAGCAGCCGAGAGUGGAAUGUCCGGUUUCCAGAUUAACCAUGAUGAUGGUUCCGGAGCAGAAGCUGAAAAUGAAAACGAAGGAUUGGAUGACGAAAAAAGAACCGACAAUAUUACGACCGAAGUGAUAGCAGAAGACAAGGGUAGAAGUGGGAAGAAAAAACACAGAAAGAAGAAAAGGAAACAUCGAAGGCAUGACGGAGAUGGACCGGAAGAUGAAGGAAUUGGACGUAAGAAGCAUAAAAGACAUAAGCGCAGUAAAGAAGAAAAAGAACAACGAAAGCAAGAAAAGGAAAAACGACGUGAAGAGCGUCGAAGGCGACGACAAGAAAGAGAAACCGGACAAGUGAACGCUGCUGAAAAUGUAGAAAAUAAAGGAAGCGAGCAUGAAAUGAAUAGCGUUGUUACUGGAAUGGUUAAUAAAGAACACGAAAAUGGAAUGACCGCUGACGUUAAAGUGCAUGAAGUGAAAAAGGCUGCUGUGUUGAAAUCAGUGGAAUUGACGAAUUCCGGAAUGCCAGCGCAGAAAUCUGAAGAGAAGGCGAUGAAGGGAAGUAAACCGAGAGAAGCCCAGGAAGGCUCUGAAAACGGGAAAAAAAGUGAUGGAAAAGAGGGACGAAAUAGUGAUAGUUCUAGUCUUUCGAAAAAUAAUGAACGAAAGAAUGCGAAAGAAUGUUAUAAACAUGAAAAAGAUAGGAGACACAAACACUAUUUAAGCCGUAAACGAGAUGAAUCGAAAGAUGAUUCACGAAUUACUAGGAAAAGGAAUGAUGAAAAGGAAACCAGAAGGAAUGAAGAUAAAGAUUCAAAAAAAGAAAGUGAUAAAUUUAGAAAAAAUGACAGGAACGAUGAAAAGAUUGAAAGCAGAAGGUGGGACAAUAAGGAAGAAAAGACAAAAGUCGGUGAAAGAGAACCCAGGCGAUGUGAAAAUACUGAGAAAGUUGAACUAGAAUUCAAGAAAGAAUCGAGACAUAAGCAGCAUGGUGAUAAACGUAAAAGUGAAACUAGUCGUUCUGACCGCAAGCGACCACGUUUAAGAAGAAGCCAUGGUAGUCGUAAUGAACAACGUAAUGGUUUAAAUAUAGCGGAUCAAAGAUUCUUGCCGGAAACAUCUGAUGUGAGGAGAGCUGUUGAAGUCAGUGAAGUUGAUUCAGUAGUGCGAAAUGAAACUGACCCGUUGUUGUUGAGUCAGAAAAAAUUAGGCUUGAAUUCACGGACAACAUCGAAAGCUAUGAAUUCUGUUGAUGGGACUGAAAUUCAUGAAACAUCCGAUCAAAAACGAUUGGAUGAAAUUAAAGUUUCAAUCGAAAAAGAACUGGAACUAAAAGUUGAAGCAGCACCAGUUUCCAGCAAUUAUAAUAUGCCAAAUUUGACCGUGGAAUUGAAAUCGGGGGGUGAGAAACGAGUGACACGGGAAAACAUUUUUGAGGGCGCGACACCGCAUUUCAACGCACGCCAAAAGAUAAAAAUGGUUCUACUAUCGGAAAGUGAGCGUAAAGCUGCCGAUCGAUCAUCCAAAAAAAGAUCGGGAGUGAAAUGA